CUGAUUCAACAGUCUUCUCACCUUGACAAACCAUGUCAGUCAUUCGCAGCAGUAAGACCUUUAGCACACAAAGUGCAUUCGGGUCAUCUAGCCUGGGUUCCUCUGCUGGAAUGGUCAUUAAUGGAUUGGGGAGUUCAGGUGUCUCUUUGUCUUUUGCUGGACAGAAGUAUGGAAGCUCAGGGGGCAAUGGUGUCCGCAUCUCCAGAUCUAUGUCCACUUCGUCCUUGGUGAUGCCUGCUUACGAGGUCACACUGUAUGCCAAUGAGAAACAGACAAUGCAGAAUCUUAAUGACCGCCUGGCAUCUUAUUUGGAGCGGGUGCGCACUUUGGAGCACGCCAACAUGAAACUGGAGCUACAAAUUAAGGAGUUUCAUGACAACAAGAACCCACUGAAGAGCAAAGACAUGAGCGGUUAUUUUGUAACCAUCUCAGAGCUUUGUACACAGAUUCAUCACUGUAUAGUGCAGAACGCUGAUCUCCGUCUAAAGCUGGACAAUACCAGGAUUGCAGCUGAUAAUUUCCAGAUAAAGUAUGAAACUGAGAUGAACUUGCAUAUGGUUGUGGAUGCAGAUUUGUUGCGAUUACAGGGGGUAAUUGGAGAGAUUAAACUUUCUGUUGGAGACUUGGAGAACCAGCUCACUGGACUGAAGGAUGAGCUGCUGUACAUCAAGAAGAACCAUGAAGAGAACCUGCAUUUGUUGCGUGAACAGCAAUCUGGCUCGGUUAACGUGGAGAUCGACUGCACAGCUCGAUCAGACCUUGACAAGGAGCUGCAGGAGAUGAGAGCUCAGUAUGAGACCCUUAUUGAAAAAAAACGCAGGGAGGCUGAAGAAUGGUUCCACAGCAAGGCAGAGGUUUUGCAGACUCAAGUGACCACCAGCUGCACUGAAAUCAAGACAUCUCAAACCGAACUUACUGAUCUCAAGAGAACAUUCCAGAGCCUCGAGAUAGAACUACAAGGGCUUCUCAAAAUGAAGCAUCAGCUGGAGCAAAGUGUGACUGAUGUGGGCUUGUGCUAUGCGGCCCAGCUGAGUCAGCUGCAGUUGCGCAUAGACUACCUAGAGGAGGAGCUACAGAAACUCAAUGCCAACAUGCAGUAUCAGGCCUCAGAGUACCAGCUGCUGCUGGACAUCAAGAUGAGGCUGGAAAUGGAGAUCGCUGAAUACAGGAGGCUGCUGGAUGGAGAAGCGCGAGCGACUGUCAUAAACACGUCUGAAUCUUCAGUGACUUCAACAGAGACAGUGACCAAAACAGUGGAGAUAAAGGAAGAGGAAGAGCAUAACCCUCAUGUCCAGCGCAGAGUGAAGGUCAUUGUGGAGGAGCUUGUGGAUGGUCAAGUCGUGUCCACUUCUGUUGAUGAGAAACUCCAAGAAGUCAACUAAGAAGAUAAUCCAACAACAAAACACAUGCAAAGAUGUUUUUUAGGCUAUUCAAUGGCUUUUCAGCUAUUUUUUACAGUAAAACAUAAUGCACAAAGUAAUUCAUGAAAUAGCAAAAAUGUAUAAAUAUCAAGGUAACAUAUAUAAAUAUCAAACCAUUAUUUUAUAUAAAUAUCAAACCAUUGUUUUAGCCAACAGACUGGCUAGUGUUAUUAAUAAGUUGUAUACAUUUCCAACAUAUACAGAUGUGAUGACAACUUACCCAAUAAAAAAACGUGACA